AUGUCUCGGCAAAGAGCCCUUAGUAUGAACCUUCACAACCCGAAGCCUCCUUCGUCUUCGUCCCAGCAGAGAAUGGAUGAAGCCAUGUACGAGUUGAAGGAAACGCUUGCUCUAAUUCGGUACGAGUGGCCCCAAGUACUCGAGGAAACGACCACGCCGAUCGAAAUGGCGGUAUCUUUACUAGAUGACUCGUCUGUUGGACUUGCGCACAAGGACUUCGAGUUCAAGGAACUUAGGAAGCAGGUGCAGCAGACACUAAGGAAGGUCAUCAACGAACACUACGAGAUCUUCAACAACUCCAUCGGGUCUUACCAUAUGUUGUUGAAUACUAUAAAGGAUUGUCAGGAAGAUUCCAAACUGAUACGAGAGAUGUUGGAGGAUACCAAGAAAGAAGCUCACGACCGACUGGACGUGUUGAACGAUCUAAACAAUACACUGGCUAGAUAUUCCGAAAUGAUCGAGAUUUUAGAUGCCAUGAACCAAUUGAACCAGAUUCCACAGCAGAUCGAAAAGUUGAUUAACGACAAGAAGGUGCACGAAAUAUAUGAUGUCAUCAGUGAUGCUUACAAGUUAGCAGAGCAGUAUAAUCUUUGGUCGUUGUCGGCUAUGGCCAGUAUCAAGACUUACUUGGAGUUGCAGCUGAACAACUUAUUCGAUAUGAUUAUCGAUGAGUUGCACAACGAAAUCUAUCUCAAAACACAGUCGGUGGCUACACAGUCGUUUGCGCCAGAGAAUAGUAAUGGCAAUAUCAAUGGCUCAGGUAGCGGUGGUGCUGGAGUUGGCAGUGGGGUUAACACUAACAGCAGCUCACUGGGUGCGGAAUACUGGCAAAUUUUAGUUCAAACAUCCAACCCACAGCUCACGUCCUUGAAGACUCUUCUCACUAACUCGAAAAAUCUCGAGCAAUAUAUCUACAAUUCAGCUAAUCUCGAUAUUGCAGAAAUAGGAGCAUGUUUUUCUGAAACGGUUGAAAGAUUCAUUAGCAGGCAAUUACCGAAGAUCCACCAUUUUUAUGUCACUCAGCAGGCAAAGCAGUCCAUUGACAAUAUAGACUACUCUAUCCUUCUCGACUCCACUCUGAAUAGCAACACAGAGUCAUUCCAUUACGUUUACAUGUUGCUUUUCACAGCUUUCAAGCUAAACAGAUUGCAGCAGGUAUUGGAAAUUUUGUCGAAUACAAACCAGCAUGAAUUUCACACAUUAAUUCAUACCACCACAAGUGAAACGAAAUUGAAAAACACUCAACAGUUACAUAAAUUGAGCAAGCUUGGAGGAAGUUCAAGUGGAGGUGGAGAUCUGGGAGAUACCGCCGAACAUUUUGUAAACGCUGGUGCUUCAUUCAAUGAUUCCUCGGUGGUGAUCUUACAGGAUCUCUUCGGGAACGUCUUCAUAAAGAGUUUGGCUGUCUUACAAAAGCAUAAGGUUGUUCAAGAGAUAGUGAAAAUGAUAUUGGAUGAAGAUCGUAACAGUAGUAAACCUAAAACUGCUGCAAGUACUAUUGGGACUGGUAUCAGUCAUUCUGGGCCUGGAACUCCUAGGUCAAGCACGCCCUUACCGCAUUCCUACACAGAUUCUAGUUCGUACUUUGAUAAGGCAUGGAACUCAAUGCAAAAGGAACUCCAGGGGUUAAUGGUGAACUAUAUUUAUGAUCGGAACGCAUUCACUUCGAAUAACAAGCACGUCGCUAAUGGAAAAGGAGGAUCAAAUAUCAGUUCAGUUGUAAAUAACAGUCUAGGUAGUGGAAGUGGUGCGCUCAGUUCUCUAAAUGGGGGAGAAAUUUAUGAUGUACUCAAACGAAAUACCUUCAGAUUUGAAGAUGUCUCGUUAACAAAAUCCGCCAAAUCUACUGAGGAACUCAAAUAUAUUCUCAAUGAUAUGUUCCCUGGUUUCAAUAUAAAUAGCGAUGAUAAAAGUACAGUGCUUGAAAAUCUCUCACCUUACAUUAAGAAUGAAAAAUUCAAUGCUAUGGUUGAAGUGUUGGUCCCAAGAAAUAUUUUCAACAUGAGAAUCAUAUUGGAGUCAUUUUUGAUUUACAUAUCUGGCGCUCAACACUUAUUCAAUUUUGGAAAGAGACCUGUUGCUGAAAAUGAUUCCAUAAUAUUUUUCAAUGUAUUCAUGAACUCAACCUUUCUACCAAAGUUAAAGGAUACUUUGAACGGAGUAUUGUUUGAGUUUUUAGGUGGAAGCAAUAGUGAAAAUGGCAAGGAAUUUAUAGGUGGAUCCUUUAGGUCAGAAUUGGCAAUUAUAGAUCAACAUCAAGAAGUGAAAUCCUCUAAUGCAACAACAGCAAUGACGUCCAGUUUAGUUGACUAUUCGAUUAACAAAACAUUAACCAUUUAUCAGAAUGCAUUGGAUUUCCAAAAGUUGAUUAUGUAUAUUUGUUUUGUGUUGAACACUUCCUUAACUUACCGUAAGGGAUUCGGGGAUCUAUGUUUGCAGUAUUUGAAGAUAUUUUCCGACACUUAUCAAAGUCACUAUAAGAGUUUAUUGGAACCAGUUGAAGACGCUGGAGCUGAAAUUCUUCGGGCAACAACUCCAAACUCGGCAGGAUCAACAGCGACAAAACCAUCUACUCAAAUCAAUACAUGGAUGAGAAUACCUGCACUCUGUGAGAUUUCAGGGAAGAUCUUAAGCGGUGGAGCUGAAACUGAUGAACUUUUGGAGAAGGAGGUAGAGAUAAUGCUUGCUAAUACUGACAUACUGACUUUAUCUAAGGAUGAUUUUCUUGACGGUGAUAGCUUUCAGCAAAUAUGUCAUUUGCUUUUAACCACAACUUGGAUUUUGUCUUGGUUACCAAGUAUGAGAAAGGAAUCUAAUUACAAUGUUUAUGAUGAUGACACAGAUGAUAUCAAAUUGCUGAAGGUAGACAAGUUGAAGCACGAUUGGAGUUUCCUUGAAAGUGGUAGAAGUAGCACAGUCUCUUCAAACAUUGACUAUUCACACAUUUACUUGACAUUAAACUCAAACAUGAUCGGCAAAUUUGAUGACAUUGUCGAAACAUUUGUAAAGAUUAGAGAAGGUGCAUUGCUUUCUUUAAGAUAUGAUUUACGUUGUAAAGCCAUAUUUUACAUUUCAAGGUCUUAUAAGAUUUGUGAUUGGAGGCCAACCUCUGAACCAGGAGAUUGUGACCAAUUUAUAAGUGAAUACAACAAGCAGGUCUUCCUUGUUGACAACAAGUUAACACAAAUUUUACUUGAUGAAAAUGAAAGAGAUUGCAUAUUUGUCGGACUUUCUAAAUUCUUAGAGAACCUUAUUAUACUGGGGAGUAAGAAGCUUAGUAGAGUCAAUGCUAACGGUAUCAAGAGGAUAAUGUUGAACAUUUUCGUUUUGCAACAGAUGCUUAGAAAUAUAAUGAAAAACCCUGAACUGAUUAACUUCAACAAGUCUUCGAUCUUCUUUGAAAUGUUUACUCAGAAUGAUGUCGCCUUGUUAGAAAGUAUUAAUGAACAACACAACAAAUUGGGCUUGAAGGAAGACGACUUUAAAAAUUUGGCUCGGUUGAUAUACAGUGAGAAAUUGGUAGAUGGAGGAUCCAGUUUUAAUAGGGGGAAGUACAAUGAUUUGUUGAAGAAGAUUCAACACAUUUAUGAACAAUAA